AUGCAGCAGCUGCCGCUGCCGGCCGACAACGGCAGCCUCGCCGAGCCGUCUGUCGUCGGCGGCUUCAGCCACGACUUCGACAGCACAAACGGCAGCGUCGGCGGCGUCGAGCGCGGCCCGCUCCCUAUCGUCGUCCCCAUCACCGUCCUGUACAUCGUCACCUUCGUGGUUGGCGCCGUCGGCAACAGCGUCACGUGCGUCGUCAUCGUCCACAACCGUUACAUGCACACAGCCACCAACUACUACCUGCUCAGCAUGGCCGUGUCGGACCUCCUGCUGCUCCUCACCGGGCUCCCCUUUGAGCUCUACUCCUUCUGGCGGCCGGGACGCGAGCACGUCUUCGGCGACACGUUCUGCGUGCUGCGCGGCCUGUGCGCCGAGACCUCCACCAAUGCCUCCAUCCUCACCAUCGUCCUGUUCACCGUCGAGCGCUACCUCGCCAUCUGCCACCCGCUCCUCCAGCACACUUUCUCGCGAUUAUCGCGCGCGCUGCGCAACAUUGCCGUCACCUGGUCCGUGGCGCUUGUGUGCGCCCUCUUUCCCGCGCUCCAGUUCGGUAUCAAGCUGGACCGCGACACGCGCGGCCGCCCGCUGCCCGACUCGGGCUCCUGCAAUGUGGUGCGCCACCUCUUCCCGCACGUGUUCGAGUUGUCGACCGUCGUGUUCUUCGUCGUUCCGAUGAUGCUCAUCUCGCUGCUGUACGUGCGGAUUGGACUGCGCCUGCGGCGGCACGUGCGGCGGCGCCCGUCGCCGGCCAGCAUCCACGGCGCCUCGGGCGGUGUCAUGGCCGCCCGCCGCGCCGUCAUCCGCAUGCUGGUGGCGGUAGUGGUGGCGUUCUUCAUCUGCUGGGCGCCGUUCCACGCCCAGCGUGUGGUGAUCAUCUACGCCCCGGAGCGGCCCUCGCCGCAGCUGGUGAUGGGGCUCAAGUGUCUGCACUACAUCUCCGGCGUGCUGUACUUCAUCAGCACCUGCAUCAACCCCAUCCUCUACCACACCAUGAGUGCCAAAUUCCGGCGGUCACUUCAGGACACGUUCGAGGGCAGCUGCUGCAGCGCUCGGUGCCGAUCAGAGGCGGCUGGUGAGAGGAGCGACCAGAACGUGUACCUGACGGUGCGGGUCCCCAGCGUCCGCCGCUCCAUCGCCGCCAAACCCGUGGCCUGCACCGCUGUCUAG